UCGAUUUAUUCGUUUUGCGAUGUUGCCCUGCUCGGCUCUGUUCCGACGAUGCCCUUGGCGAAAGUAAAACUGUCUCGCGUUAAGGAACGUCCCGCAGAAACAGCUAUCAACGGAGCUACCUACGAGAUCUCCUUCGCAAGUGUGCCGCUGUUUCGCACAGGAGGCGAUACCGCGAUCCAAAGGAGGCGAAGAACCGAAACGCAACGUGACGGGGAGACGUUGGGUGACGUUCGGACUCGGAACCAUCGACCCACUUGCACUUUGCGCGCUCGUGGUGACCCGAGCUUGUUGGUUUCCCGUUCAGGAAUCAACUUACGCUGGACAAACCCCGGGUUAUAUCACGGGGGCGGCUGAAUCCCGCGUUCGGAAUCAGAAUCUGUAUUUACACUGGAGGAAUCCGAUGAGCGAUAGAGGUCUUUUCCACACAAUGCCCAAUGCAUCUCUGCGUUGCCGGCUGCGAGCCACCCGCAUGGGCUACCUCUCUAACGCCGCAAUAUUCCCCCACGCCUGUCCUGUUGCAGCCUCUCCACCACCACCCACCACCCACGAUGUCACCACGUUCUCCGAGGGCGCCGUCUGCCAUGCUCACCCUGCUGCUGCUGCUGCCCGCGCUGCUGCUGCUGCUGCUGUCGCUGAUGAGUCCGGUACCCGCCCACGCGUCGGCGCUGACGGGCGCCGGCGGCACGCACCUGUGCGGCUCGCACCUGGUGGAGGCGCUCUACGUGGUGUGCGGCGACCGCGGCUUCUUCUACACGCCCAGCAAGACGCGCAGGGAGCUGUCUGACGUCAUCCGGACCGAGGCCGACGCCGGCGAGCAGCAGGGGGGGGUGGUGGCGGAGGGCGAGGGCGAGCUGUGGGGAGGCGCCGCUGCUCCGGGCGCCCGAGAAGAGAGCCCGAGGACUCGGCGCGGUAUCGUGGAGCAAUGCUGCCACCGCAAGUGCUCCAUCUACGACAUGGAGAACUACUGCAACUGACCGAAAACGCCGAACGCCCGGCCACAAACCCACACCCUGGCCCUAACCUCCCCCCCCUAACUUCUUAGUACCUAACACCCCCCCCACAUUACUACCACAAAAGCUGUGAUCACCCAAUAAAAGAAGAUGGUUAAUUCAUUUCGCUCGGCUUGUUGUUACGUGUGUGUGUGUAUGUGUGGGGAGCGGUAGUGUCGU